AACGACCAGAAGACUCUCACAAGACUCGUCUGAUCAUCACAACUUCCCCAUGCUUUAAAAUGUAAAGCUUUUCUCAUCAGGUUGGUGAAAUGGCUUCAAACCAAAUGGAAGUUGCUGCUCUGGGUCGACCUUUCACCCUGGGAAUGCUCUAUGAUGCUCAAAGAGAUGCACUGAUCACAGGUUUGACGUUGUGGGAUGAUAAAACUCUCCAAGGGAAGAUGAUAAAAAGUCCUAAACCCAGCAGUAAUUUUUUCAUUACUGAAUCUGACUCCAUUGAAUCCAAGUCCUCUCUGUUAGAGGUUAAUUCUUCUCUGAAGGCCAGCUACCUUUUUGGACUGAUUGACGUGGAAGGAUCUGCCAAAUAUUUGAAAGAUCACAAAGAAUUCAAGAAUCAGAGCAGAGUGACUGGUCAGUACAAAUCUACAACCCGCUUGGAACAGUUGUCAUUAACUGACCUGAUGACCUUAGAACCCCAACAAAAGGACGUUAUCAUCAAGAGCUCUGCAACACACAUAGUCACAGGCAUCCUUUAUGGGGCAAAUGCUUUCUUUGUUUUUGACAGUGAAAAGUUGGAAGUCAGCAAGGUUGGAGAAAUCGGGUACAGCAUGAAAGCUAUGGUAACAAAGAUCCCCUCACUUAGUAGUGGGGGCCCUGUUGACAACAAUCUGACAAAGGAAGAAAAAAACCUGAGUGCUAAAGUUUCCUGCAAAUUCUUUGGAGACUUCACCCUUCAAAGCAUCCCUUUAACAUAUGAAGAAGCAGUGAAGACCUUUGGACAACUUCCACAGUUACUGGGGGAAAAUGGAGAGAAAGCUGUCCCAAUGAAGGUCUGGCUGAUGCCACUGACUAAUUUAUGUCCAGAAGCUGCUAAGCUGACGAGUGAGAUCAGCAUUCGACUGGUGGUGAAGAUGCAGCGUACUCUUGAAAAUUUGGUGGAAAUCCAAAUGAGGAGCAAUGAAUCUCUGGAAGACAGAGCUGUACAGAACUUUCCACAUAUUAAAGAAGAGUUAACAACUUUCCAGAAGUUGUGUCACCUCUAUACAUCAAACCUCCAGGGGACCAUGAAGGAGAAACUCUCUUCCAUCCGUGAAGGUAAAGAAGAUGAGAGCUCAUUAGAAAAAAACUUUGAAAAGAGAGACAAGUCCCCAUUCAGUCAAGAAAAACUAAUGAAGUGGCUGGAUGAUAAGGAGAGAGAAAUCAACGUCAUCAGAUCCUGUGUAGAGACCAUGGAGGGAACAAAGAUCGUCAAAAAUCAGUCUGAGCUCGACAGAGAGGUUCUUGCUGCAGAUGUAGACAAUACUUUGUGCUUCGUUUUCACCUCCACCAAACGGAGCGACACUUACCUUGAUGAGAUGACCACAUAUUUGGACACUCUUAGAUUGGGGAGUACCUCUGAAGACGAAUGGUUCAACUCAGAUGAAGUCUUGACCUUUAUGAGAAAAAAAGCCAAAGUUUUCCAAGACUUUUGCAAAGCAAAGACCAACAACAACCGGAUCCGUUUCCUCAUUGCAGCCAUUCCAAAUGAGAAAUUCAAAGGAGCAACUAUCUACCAUUACAAGCAGGGCAUUCUGGUCAGUGAAGAUUUUUCAGGAUCCGACCUUUAUCCAGAAAAGAUGACGGACAGAAGAGAUCUGAUGUUGUAUGCCUGUGAUCUCACCCUGGACCCAAACACUGCCAACAAUUACCUUGUUCUGUCUGAUGGAAACAAGAAAGUAACAAGUGGAUCAAAAUGGCAGAAAUAUCCUGAUAAUCCAGAGAGGUUUGAUAAAUACACUCAGGUGUUGUGCGGAGAGGGUUUAUCUGGGCGCCAUUACUGGGAGGUAGAGUGGGAUAAUGCUUCUGCUUCAAGACGUAUUUAUGUAGCUGUUGCAUACAAGACAAUCAAAAGAAAGGGAAAUGGUUACUGUUGCGAAUUUGGAAAUAAUAAAGAAUCGUGGGCUUUUGGCCAGCGGGCUACAAAUGUAAAACACGCACUCCGUGCAUGGCACAAUGGAUGGGUGUGGGGAUCUUAUUUCCUGUGUGAUGGCUGCUCAACACUCGGUGUGUAUCUGGACUGGCCUGCGGGCCACCUGUCCUUCUACAAAGUCUCCUCCGACACACUGACACACCUCUACACCUUUAACACCACAUUCACUGAGCCUGUGUACCCAGGCUUCUGGGUUUACUAUAAAGGAAACUACGCCUACCUGCGUCCUCUUAAAUAGGACCAAUGCUGGUGACUUGUUGGAUCCUGGUUAAUAUAGAGAUCCAAUGUGAUGAACUUGUAAUUUUACAUUAACUUGUAUUUUACAUUAACACCUUUAGGGGCCGUGUGAAGAGCCCAGACCUGUAAGAGGUCCCAGUUCAAUAAAUCAAACAUAAUCAAACAAACUCAUUGAGCACCUAUAAAUUGCCUACUACAAACACAAGUUGUUCUAAAACCCAUCUCACAACAUUAUCUGAAAUACACAUCCUGAGUGAUAAUAGGUUCAGUGUCCCUUGUCCUUCCUGAGAAGUUCAGCACAAUCCACACAAU